CACUUUUAUUUAUCUCAUUGCUCCAUUCAUCUCUUCCAUCGUUUGCAUAAAUCCCUAUUUUAUCAUUUUAUCAUUGAUUUUUCGAUACGAUGUCCGCUGUUCGUGAAUCCAUUUUUGCAGCCUCGCCUGCAACCACUCGUGGGCAGGCUGUUCAUUUAGACACUGAUCCCAAGGGCGAAAAUAUCCUUUAUACUAAUGGAAAAACUGUUUUCAUCCGUAAUAUCGAGAAACCUCAUAUUGCGAAAGAAUAUACUCAGCACUCUUGCAAUGUUACCGUAGCUAAAUAUGCUCCUUCUGGAUAUUAUAUUGCCUCAGGAGAUGAACGUGGCAACGUCCGAGUCUGGGAUACUGUCGGCGAGGAACAAAUCCUUAAAUUAGAGAGUCGUACCUUUGGGGGUAGAGUCAAUGAUAUCGCAUGGGACGGAGAGAGCAAGCGCAUUGUCGCUGUAGGCGACGGAAGGGAAAAAUUCGGGCACGCUUUCUUAGCUGACACUGGCUCAUCAUGUGGAGAAAUCAUGGGCCAUUCCAAGACCGCCAACACGGUCGCUAUUCGUCAGACGCGUCCUUUCCGCGCUGUCACUGGAGCUGAUGACAAUACUUUAGUAUUCUCCAACGGCGUACCAUUUGUGUACAACAAAACCAUCCAGGACCAUACGCGCUUUGUUCAGGAAGUCAAGUUCAGUACUGAUGGCGAAAUGUUUGCUUCAGUCGGAUCCGAUGGAAAGAUCUUUCUAUAUGACGCCAAGACCGGCGAUAAGCUCAAGGAGCUUUCGACUGCGGAGCAUGGCCACACUGGAGGUAUCUUUGCCCUCUCCUGGUCUGCCGAUAGCAAGCGUCUCCUGACAUCCUCAGCUGAUCAAACCGCCAAGAUCUGGGACGUAGAGACUUCCAACGUUGUCAAUACGUUUGACUUUUCUGGUCAAGCAUCUGCAUUCAUGGGUCACCAGGUCGGAAAUAUCUGGAAGGGCGACCAUUUGAUUAGUUUGUCUCUUUCAGGUGAUCUUAACUACCUUGAUCCUAGUACCAGCAAGGCAUCUCGUAUUGUCAAGGGCCAUCAAAAAGCUAUCACGGCCUUUACUGUGCCUGAGGACAAGAAGACAUUUGUAACUGGAAGUUAUGAUGGACGCGUGGUCUCAUGGGACGGAAGCUCCGGCGUCGCCACGCCUCUAGAGUAUGCUCAGCAUAGCAAUCAGGUGAUGCAAAUGGCUUCUAGUGGCGUUAAACUUAUUUCAGCAGGCAUGGAUGAUGUCGUCCGAGUGCUGGACAGAAGCACAUCAAACGAUGUAUCCGUUAUUUCGACCAAUGCACUUCCAAAGAGCGUGUCUAUUAGUGACGAUCAGACAAUUGUCAUUGCGACGGAGAAUGAGAUCCAGAUCGUGCAAGGCGAUAAGAAAGUUGACUCACAUUCAGUUGGAUACAGUGCCACGUCAAUUGCAAUUAACCCACAGGGAACCACUGUUGCUAUUGGUAGUCAGGAAGGUCAAGUAUAUAUUAUGAGCCUGGAAGGCACAAAGUUAAAGGAUGUUCAUACUCUAUCCAAGAACAGGGGAGCCAUCACUGUGCUAUCUUUCAACCCUGAGGGUAAUCUGCUGGCUGCAGGUGAUAGUGUUGGCAAGAUUUUUGUGUACGACGUUGCAUCAGGUGAGGUUAAGGUGCAGCAGUGGGUCUUCCACACUGCCCGUGUGACCUCGAUCGGAUGGUCCCCUAGUGGUAAACAUGCUGUCAGUGGAUCCUUAGAUACCAAUGUGUAUGUGUGGAACUUAGAGAACCCGACGAAGCGUAUUGCGAUCCUGAACGCGCAUGCGUUGAGUGUCUCUGGAACAGCGUUUGUGGAGGAAGACCGAAUUGUGACUACAGGAGCAGAUGCAUGUGUGAAGACAUGGAAGAUAACCCACCACUAGAGGAUUAUUUAUGGAUACCAUUAUAUAAUCUAGGAUGUAGUUUAGUCUCUGUAUGCAGUGUAAGGAUGUUGAGAAUGAAAGCAAGGAAAUAUAACAAGUUGCUGUUGAUAUGUGACAGAGAUGAUAGAAAGGUAGUGAAAAUUAGUUAGAUAAAUAAAAGCAG